GUGACUUCUCGCAGCGCAGCCCUGAGAAGGCCCCUCUCCAAUCGCAAAACCAUCAUCAACGCGUCGCAGCCAUCUCCGUCCAUCUCAAUCGAGCAUCAACAAGACUCGACACGGCCUGAGGAGUGCGCCCACCCCCUGGAUGCUACCUCUUCGUCCCCUCCUUUGACCCUUCACGCCUCUCCCAGCCGCUACCUUCACGACACCACCACUUCACCACGGUAUCUUCACUGCGCUGCCGUGCGCCAAGUUCAUCGUUCUUCACCAAAGAUCAUCUGCACAUCUUCAUUUCGCUGUCGACAUCCACUCCAGGAUCCCGGCCAGCAUAUACCGUGCACCAUUAAACGUAACUCACUCCAGGACCGUGACGACAAGUCCUUACUAGCGCCCUUAGACUCUGACCUCCUACGUCCUCCCUCGUUACGCUUCUCAUUACCCUCCCCAUCAACCCUUCUGAUUCACGAACCAUAUCCACGAAGCAUCGGAGGAUCAUUUCGACUGAUCUGAAGGGGCUUCGGCUAGGUCGGAUCAACAUGGCUUCCGUCCAGUCUGCCCCCAACUUACAACCUGGUGUUUCUGCACCCCCUCAAAACUUCUCCAGUGCCCAGGUUCAAGAAGUUUAUCAGAGAUUUCAGCGCAUGAAGGCAGCGAAAGUGCCUGACAACGACCCUGAAUUUCUUAAAGCCCACCGGUUCCUUACGGCGGUACAGCAACAGCACCAAUACCGUCGAGCGGCGCUCAAACAGCAACAGCAACAGCAACAGCAGCAGCAGCAGCAGCAGCAGCAGCAACAGCAAGCACAACAAGCCCAGCCAACUCCUCCUGCAAACCUCCUUCCUCCCUCGAACCAACAAAUCAAUGGGACCACCAUCAAUCCAGCCAUGAAUGGGGGCGAUCGCCCCGUUUCUACGACAAACGGUGCUGCCACAUCUGACAUUAAUACAGGUAGUGGCGCUCCGGGAAGUCAUACGCAGGCUCAAGCCCCGGCUCAGGCUCAAGCUCAGUCUCAGACGCAGACGCAGGUUCAAGCCCAGACCCAAGCCCAACCUCAACGCGCGGCCCCACAGGGAAAUGGCAGCUUCGCACCGGACCAGCUUAACCAGCUGAGAACUCAGAUUUAUGCGUUUAAGAUGCUGUCAAAAGGUUUGCCCCUCCCAGAGAAGUUACAGCAACAACUCUUUAUUUCGAAUAAGCCGACGGCUUCCGGCUCCAAUGAGGCGACCAUAAGCAAUGCGAAUACCUCGGACACAACGAAACCGUCACAGGGUGUGCUUGCCAAAGAAUCGACACCCAAGUCUUUUUACGACACCUUUGAGUCACCAUACGACCUAAUUCAUGACGCGAUAAGCUUUGCCGAUCAUUCAGAUCCAGCCAAACGGCAGCACAUCCCCAGCCUGAUGCCUCUUGGACUCGACCUUGAACAGGUGCGUGAAGAGAGAGAGCAACUCCUCUUCUCUCGAGCUGCAGCUCGUAAAGCAGAGCUGGAAGCCCUCUUCGAUAGUAUCGCCUCUUGGGAUUCUAGCAUUGCGAGAAAUCCUAAACCUGAAGAUGAUCUGAAGAUCCAGGCCCUCAUAGAGUACAAGAAGCUGGGACAGAUGAAACGACAGUUGGAGUUUCGUCGAGAGAUAGCUCAAGAAAUGGCGGGCAUGGACACCUAUUCCAUGACUGCCAAUAGAUCACUACAUCGACGAAUGAAGAAGCCGUCCCUUCGAGAAGCUCGCAUUACCGAGAAAAUUGAGAAGCAGCAGAGAGAUGUCAGAGAAAACAAGGAAAAGACCCAGCAGAAAAAUCAUUUGGCUGCGAUCAUCAACCACGGCAAUGAUCUUCGUAACAGUGCGAUUGCCCAACGCAACCGUUCCCAGAAGCUAGGAAGAAUGAUGGUCGUUCAUCAUCAGCAUAUGGAGCGCGAAGAGCAGAAGAGAAUCGAGCGCACCGCGAAACAGCGUCUGCAAGCCCUAAAAGCUAACGAUGAGGAGACGUACUUGAAACUUUUGGGCCAGGCCAAAGAUUCUCGCAUCACCCAUUUGUUGAAACAGACCGAUGGAUUCUUGAAGCAACUUGCAGAAUCUGUUAGGGCACAACAACGCAGUGCUGCCGAGAAAUGGGGCGAAGACCAAUACGUGGAUGACGAAGAUCUCGACGUUGACGGCUCGGACGACGAGACUGGUGGCAAGGUCGAUUACUAUGCUGUCGCCCAUCGAAUCAAGGAAGAAGUCACAUCACAGCCAUCGAUUCUUGUCGGCGGCCAGCUCAAAGAGUAUCAGAUGAAGGGUCUGCAAUGGAUGAUCUCUCUCUUCAACAAUAACCUUAAUGGAAUUCUGGCCGAUGAAAUGGGAUUGGGCAAGACUAUUCAGUCCAUCAGUCUGAUCACAUACCUUAUCGAGCGCAAGCGACAACCAGGCCCCUUCCUGGUCAUUGUUCCCCUCAGCACGCUUACCAAUUGGAACCUGGAGUUUGAGAAGUGGGCACCCUCUGUUAACCGCAUUGUGUAUAAAGGUCCACCGAACACUCGGAAGCAGCACCAGCUGAGAAUUCGGCAAGGGGAUUUCCAGGUUCUCUUGACAACUUACGAGUACAUCAUCAAGGAUAGACCCAUACUGAGUAAGAUCAAGUGGGUUCAUAUGAUUGUUGACGAAGGCCACCGUAUGAAAAAUGCCGAGUCGAAGCUCAGCAGCACCAUCACACAGUACUACACGACUCGUUAUCGACUCAUCCUGACGGGCACUCCCCUCCAGAACAAUCUUCCCGAGUUGUGGGCACUACUCAAUUUCGUAUUGCCGACCAUCUUCAAAUCGGUAAAAUCAUUUGACGAGUGGUUCAAUACGCCGUUUGCCAAUACUGGCAGCCAAGACCGUAUCGAUCUUACAGAAGAAGAGCAGCUGCUCGUGAUCAGACGUCUUCAUAAGGUUUUGCGACCAUUCUUACUCCGACGUCUCAAGAAGGACGUGGAGAAGGAUCUUCCCGACAAGCAAGAACGAGUCAUCAAGUGUCGCUUCUCAGCCUUGCAAGCCAAGCUCUACAUGCAGCUCAUGACCCACAACAAACUUGCCGUUGCAGAUGGUAAAGGAGGCAAGACUAGCAUGCGAGGAUUGAGCAAUAUGCUGAUGCAGUUGCGAAAGCUAUGCAACCACCCCUACGUUUUUGAGCCUGUGGAGGAUCAGAUGAACCCCGGCCGGGGCACAAACGACUCCCUCUGGCGUACGGCCGGCAAAUUUGAGCUCUUGGAUCGUAUCCUACCCAAGUUCCGAGCAACUGGCCAUCGUGUUUUGAUGUUUUUCCAAAUGACGCAAAUCAUGAACAUCAUGGAAGACUUUCUGCGCCUUCGAGGCAUUCAUUACCUGCGACUCGAUGGUUCGACCAAAGCCGAAGACCGAUCCGAGCUGUUGCGGCUGUACAAUGAACCCAACUCGCAGUACUUUAUCUUUCUCCUAUCGACUCGUGCAGGCGGCCUCGGGCUGAAUCUUCAGACUGCAGACACGGUUAUAAUCUACGAUUCGGACUGGAAUCCGCAUCAAGAUUUGCAAGCUCAAGACCGGGCGCAUCGUAUUGGACAGAAGAAUGAAGUGCGAAUUCUGCGGUUGAUCAGUUCGAAUUCGGUCGAAGAAAAGAUCUUGGAAAAGGCUCAGUUCAAGCUCGAUAUGGACGGCAAGGUCAUCCAGGCCGGCAAGUUCGACAAUAAGUCGACGGCGGAAGAGCGAGACGCUUUCCUCAAGACGCUUUUGGAAUCAGCAGAAGCAGCAGAAGUCGCAGGCGAGCAAGAAGAAAUGGACGAUGACGACUUGAACGAAAUCAUGGCUCGAUCCGAGGAGGAACUAGCCCUCUUCAAGAAGAUGGACGAAGAACGUGAGGCCCAGGACGAAUAUGGACCCGGGCGCCCGCUUCCUCGACUGAUGGGCGAAGCCGAACUGCCAGAAAUUUACAUGGCAGAAGAGAACCCUGUGCAGGAAGUGGAAGAAGAAUACGCUGGGCGCGGGGCUCGUGUCAAAACCCAAGUCAAGUACGAUGAUGGUCUCACAGAAGAACAAUGGCUUGCAGCCGUGGACGACUCGGAUGAUUCGAUCGGCGAAGCGGCUAAGCGCAAACAAGCGCGCAUCGACAAGAGACGUACCAACAAGGCCAAGCGGGAGCGCCACGCCAACGGCGAAGCAUCAUCGCCGGAAGUGGAGGCCGAACCGGAGCCGGAGCCGGAGCCAGAAAGCGCAGUGGAGGAGCCACAACCCAAGAAGAAAGGCCCACGCAAGUCAGCGGGACAGAAGCGCAAGGGCGAUGAACUGGAGGAAGAGACACCGGCAAAACGCAAACGUGGCAGACAGCCCAACAAGAUGCCAGACAGUCUUCCUCCGUCGGAGCGAGCAGCUCUUCAGAAAGCGCUACGGACAGUCUUCGAAUCACUCAAACUUCUGGAAGUGGUAGACUCGGACCCCGAGGAACCUUCGGAUGAUGACAGUGAUAAUGAAGACCCACCGACGCGAAUGGUCAUCGGGCCGUUUUUGGAGCUGCCACCGAAGAAGCUGUACGCGGACUACUACCAGUUCAUUCAGGAACCCAUCGCGAUGGACAUGAUUGAGAAGCGAAUCAAUGUGCAUCAAUACACUAGCUUGAAGGACCUCGAGCGUGAUGUGAGUCUAUUGGCCCGAAAUGCCAAGACGUACAACGAAGACGGCAGCACGUUGUACAAUGAUGCAAUUCUUAUUGAGAAACAUUGUCAAGAAAUGAUCGCCAAGGUGACCAAGGAGAAUGGCAGCUUGGGCCUGAUCGGAGAGCGAGCUAUAGACGGGGAAUCGACAGCUGCAGCGUCCAGCGUUGAUACACCGAGGGGAUCGGCUGCACCAAUGGGAGGAACCAGACUCCGAUUGACAUUGGGUGGAGGUAGCAAUGGUGUGGGAACAAAUGGCACGACCAGCGGGGCGGAAUAGGUUUGACGGAGGGCGGAGGGCGGAGGGUGGAUAGCGGAGAGCAUGCAUGUAAGUGUACUGAGCUGUACCAUAAUCACAGGCGAACGGGAGGUCAAAGUGACGAAAUGGGAAGGCCUGGAUCAGCAUUGCACAUGCAUCAGAGCUAUGCGAAACGGCCACACUGGGAUGCACAUUCAAGACCUGUUUUCGCAACACCGAGACAGGCCAGGCUUUAUGGGAUUGAUUUUUGCAGCCUCGAACGAGGCGUGUCUUUGUUCGAGUUAGAUUCUUUUUCAUGGACCCUAGAAAAGCAAGCAUAGGGAGCAAAUACAAAAAAAGAUGUGAUAGUAAAA